CUGCUCACUCCACGCAGAUUGUGGAGCACCUCCAAUAUCGGAUCGCGGCUCUGUGCACUUCCCCACAUCACAGUACCAAAUGAGCCCACAUGGCUGGUACCCAUAUAUAGCUCGCUGCCGCUGGUGUCGAAGCAGCAGUGAGAGGAGCUUUGCAGUAACUGACCCAACAUGAUAGCUUCGCUGCUCCCAGUCGCGUUCGCGACAUUCGCGUCCUUCUUCUCACCACUCGACGCUCGCGCGCUCGACAACCGUCAGGAUGGAAACCACUGGGUAACAACCUGGACGAGCAUGCCCCAGCUCGUGGAAUCCAGCAACAUGCCUCCAUCACAAUUCACCUCUGGCGGCGUCCUCAAAGACGCCACUCUCCGACAAACCCUUCACAUGACCGUCGGCGCGCCAAAGAUCAAGAUCGCAAUCUCGAACACGUUCGGAGGCUCUGAUCUCCCCAUUACCGCCGGCUCGGUCGGUCUCCCGGCUGGCGGCGCGGCAGGCGUGUCCAGCAUCGAAGCUUCACCCCUUGCAGCAAUUACCGUUGGCGGCAAGGCCUCUUUCACAGUGCCUCGAGGUCAAGUCGUAGUCAGUGAUGAAAUUGCCUUCGAAGUUAAGGCCCAGCAAAACAUCGCUGUGAGUCUGUAUAGCCAGGCAGGCCAGACUGGAAGUAGCAUUACUGGACAUCCCGGUAGCCGGACGACAAGUUGGUUCGUGAAAGGGAAUGCGGUAAACACUACAACGAUCAGCGGGACGAGCAGUGUGCACUGGUAUUUCGUCUCCGCCGUCCACGCCUCCGUGCCCAGCACCACCUCCGGCAUGAUUAUAAUCGGCGACUCCAUCACCGACGGCCGCGGCUCGGACGACAACAAGAACAACCGCUGGCCUGACUUGCUCCUCGCCCGUCUUCAGACCACAAACCACACUAAUAUCGCUAUCGGGAAUCAAGCCGCAGGCGGAAACGCCGUGCUCUCAGGCGGACUGGGUCCCACAGCGCUCUCCCGCUACAAGCGCGACGCCCUCGAGCAGCCCGGCGUGAAAUACGUGAUGAUCUUUGAAGGCGUCAACGACCUCGGCAGCGGCGCGUCUGCGGGCGCCUUGACGAAUGCGUACAAGCAAAUCACGGCGGACGCGAAGAAGGCUGGGUUUGUGACAAUUGGCGGUACGAUCACGCCGUUUGGCGGGAAUAGUUACUACAGUGCUGGGCAUGAGCAGGCCCGUAAGCAGGUGAAUGACUUCAUCAAGGCAAAGGGAAACUUUGACUUUGUUGUCGAUUUCGCCGGCGCUAUUGAGAAUAAGGGGGAUCCAACCAAGAUGGACAGUAAAUAUAACGGAGGCGACGGGUUGCAUCCAAACGUGGCUGGAUACCAGGCUAUGGCAAAUGCAUUCCCGUUGGAUGUAUUCGCGUGAUCGGACAGUCCAGCGUCAUGUAGAAGAGAAAUUGAGUACACGGUGUUACCUCAAGAUACCCAAUAUGUGGCAUGAGAG